AUGGAGGAAGAGCUCUCCAUUGGAGUUCAUAUGCAGAAAAACAUGUAUCUGACUCCCAACGUCCAAGCACUGAGCAGAUGCUUGCAGAACAGCAUCAGUUUUUCUGGAUCAACAUUCUCACUGGAUCCAUUUACAGCAACAAAUGGAAGCUACAGACGAAAUCGAUUGAACCUCACAACCCUCUUAGUACAACCAAUUUCUGCAGUGCUUGCCAAAAGACUCGUUUCUUUACCUGAGGACACUGUCCAAAAAGAUAGGUGUAUACCCCUACAAAUGCCAGCUACAGGCAAAAAAAUAAUCAGUCUGAAUGUUCAGUCAGUUACAACUUACAAGACAAUUUCUAAUGUUAUUGGAUAUUUAAAAGGAACUGUAUUUCCUGACAGAUACGUCAUCAUUGGUAGCCAUCACAAUGGUCUGAAUGCUUAUGGUGGGCAAGAGUGGGCCAGCAGCACCGCUAUUAUCACAGCAUUUAUACAAGCCUUGAUGUUGAAGGUUAAGAGAGGCUGGAGACCUGACCGGACCAUUGUGUUCUGCUCAUGGGGAGGAACGUCAUUUGGGAACAUUGGUUCAUAUGAAUGGGCGGAGGAUCUCGAGAGAGUUCUUCAAAGAAAUGUUGUGGCUUACGUUAGCCUCCAUAAUCCGGUCAGAGGGAACUCAACUUUACACCCUGUUGCAUCCCCUUCUCUUCAGCAACUGGCAGCAGAGAGCCAGAGUUUCAACUGCAUGGAAAAGACUAAAUGUCCGGGAUCUAACGUGAGUUCUGUGCAGACACAGGGAGAUUCAGAUUAUUUCAUCAACCAUCUUGGAGUACCUGCCACGCAGUUUUCUUAUGAGGACAUCAAAACAUCAGAGGAUUCUAGCUUUCUCUCCGAAGCCCUUUUUCCUGUACAUACAACAAAAACUGAAGAGCUGGAUCCCUCCUUCAGCCUGCACGAGACCAUUGCAAAGCUAACAGGACAAGUGACUUUGCAAAUUGCCAAUGAACCAGUUUUGCCGUUUAAUGCCCUCGACAUCGCGUUAGAAGUUCAGAACAGUCUUAAAGGUGCUGAAGUAGACAUUCCUCAGUUGCUUGCAGCGGCAUCGCGUCUGAGGGACACCGCAGAAUUGUUCCAAUCGGAUGAGAUGCGCCCAGCUAAUGACCCCAAGGAGCGAGCUCCUGUCAGAGUCCGCAUGCUCAACGAUGUGCUACAAAGCUUGGAGAAAAGCUUCCUGGUUCGUCAGGCUCCUCCAGGACUUUACAGAAAUAUUCUUUACAGACUAGAUGAAAGGACAAGCCAGUUUUCAGUACUGCAAAAGGCACUGGAGCACUGCAAACUACAUCAGUCAAAUGAGACCAUUCAAGCAGCCUUGUCAGAGGUGCUGAACAGCAUCAAUUCAGCUCAGGUUUACUUCAAAGCAGGACUUGAUGUGUUUGAGACUACCUUAGCUGGAAAGAAAUGA